CAAAUAACCAUCAAAACAAAUCAAUCAAAAUGGGCGUCACCAAGACCAUCCUCACCCCCGGUACCUCCGAGCAGAAGCCCGUCAAGGGCGACCACGUCUCCAUCCACUACACCGGCUGCCUGUACAAGGAGGGCGCCGAGCACAACAUGGGCGACAAGUUCGACAGCUCCCUCAACCCCGGCCGCGGGCCCUUCAAGGUCCAGAUCGGCGUCGGCCAGGUCAUCAAGGGCUGGGACGAGGGCGUCCCCACCAUGAAUGUUGGCGAGGAGGCCGUUCUGACGAUCUCGCCUGACUACGGCUACGGAGCCCGUGGCUUCCCCGGAUUGAUCCCUGCCAACUCGACUCUUGUUUUCCGGGUCAAGCUCCUCUCUAUCAACUAAAGCUGGUAGUAGGGGGUGGGAAACUUCUUUACAAAUCAAAAGAAUCUUUCUCUUUUUUUUUU